AUGAAAAGUGAAGACAAUGGAAGUUUUGCAAGUAUUCCUGGUUAUUACUACGAUAAAAAAAAAAAUAGAUACUUCCUUAUUGACAAUGAACUAAAAAAAAAACUAAAAAAGGAAGAGUUUAAUAAUUUAAUAAAUGAGGCAAAAAAAAAAAACCAUAAAAAUAAAGGUGAAGAAAAUGAAUAUAUUAAAAAAUUUCAUAAAAUUCAUGGAAUAAAAGAAAUGAAAAAGAAAAAGAAAAAUAUAAAUGGGAGUAAAUUGAAUAUAAAAAAUAAUGAUAAUGAAAAAUGUGCAAUUUUAGACAAAAAUCAUAAUUCUUCAAAUAAUAUAGAAAAAAAUCUACAACUAAUAAAUAAUGAAAUAAUAUUUUUAAAAAAAAGUAUAUCAGAAAAUCAAAACAUAUAUAAUGUAAUUAAAUCAAUACGAAAUUGUCAUUUUAAAGAAGAUUCAAUUUUAAGUUUACCACCUGUUUUCAUUAAUAUUAACAACUGUGAGUAUAUUUCGGUAGAGGAUUUAUGUGAACUUCAAUUAGACAAUCAAUCAUUUUAUCAGAAAAAGAAAGACACGGAUAUAAAGACACCUAAUAUUUUAAACAUAAAAAGGAGUGAUAGUUCUCCAAUUUUUUUAAACGAUUUUAAAUGCUUUAAUCCAAAUAAAAAAACAUUAGAUGAAAAUAAUAAAAAAGAUAAACCUCAGAUAUCCCAAUAUCCUAACAAUGAAUUAUAUGAUGGGACUAAACAAAAUCAAAAUCAAAGCAUAGCAUAUAAUUCCAAAUCUGAUGAAAGUUUUAAAAAUGUUUAUAAUAAUCAAACUAAAAAUUACUCAUAUCUAAAUUCAUUGCCUUUAAAAAGUGAAGCAUCCAUAGAAUAUCAUAGCAUAGAAAAAAGCUUAUUAGUUCCAAAGCUAUAUGGCCGAACUUACGAAAAAAUAAAUUCUUAUAAUAUAGAAAACUUAAAGUCAAAAAUAACUGCAAAUAGAUAUAAAGCAAACUUUUAUUAUUUCUAUAAUAAUAGUACAAAUUAUAGUAGUAUGAAUUCCAUAAACUAUAAUGAUAGUUACAAUAUGAUUUUAUCUGAAAAUCAAAAUGGUGAAGAUAUUAAUAACAAUGGAAAUGAUAAUAAUGGUGUGAGUAAUAUUGAGUGGAAUCCAUUACCUAAUACUCAAGAUGAUAUGAUUUAUCAAGAAUCUCACAACUAUUUUGAAAAUAACACAGAAGCAGGAACUACGGAUGAAAUAACAAAUGAAGCACGGGUUUCGAAAUCUUAUAAACCUUCUGAAUCUUUUUUUCACUUAUUUAGUAAUCCUUUAUAUGAAGAUAUGAUUUUUAGCACUAGUAAAGAAAACAAUUUUUCUUUUAGUUUAGGGGCUAUUGAUUUAAAAAAGUUUCUAAAUAAAAAUAAUAAAUCAUUUAUGGAUAAUAUAAUUCAUGAAAAUGCUUAUUAUAAUUCGGAAACAAAUCAUUUAUGUAGUUAUUCGAAGGAACAAACCGAAUUGUUAUGUACUUCUCCACAAAUUUUGUCCCAUUUUACAAUUUUUAAUGAAGAGUAUGUUGCUUACUCGUCAUACCCAAAUACAAAAGACGAUAAAUGUUUGUUAUUUUUAUUAAGUAUAGAAUCCUUUUUUCAAAGUGCUCCAAAAAUUGAAACUAUUAAUUUUCAAACUGAAAUAAAUUAUUUUAAAUUAUUUCCAUCCAUAGAAACGAGCUAUUCUAUGAAUGAAAAUUAUUAUAAUAAUAAUGAUAUGAAUUUGUCUUCAAAUUCUGAGUAUGCAUAUCAUUAUAAUAAUGAACUCGAUAAAAUUUUUAUCUGUGGAUCAUAUCCAUGUUUUAGUUUUAGUACAAUAAAAGAUUCUACUCCCUAUUGUAUAUGGGACAGUAAAAAACUUAAAGUUCAUGAUUUACUAUUAUUGAAUGAAGGGUCCACAAGUUAUAUUGAUAACAUAUUGAAUUCAAAAAGGUACACAAAUCCAAUCCAUUUAACACAUGGAAACAGCUCUCAAACAGUUAUCAAGGCUUGUUCCAAAAAAGGGAAAGAAAAAAAAAAAAAUGAAACUGAAAAAGGAAAAAAACAUGAAAGUAAUAAACCUUCAAGCCAAUCUAAAAAAAUACAACCAAAUCACCAUUGUAAUAAUACAACAAAACGAAAAAACGAUAAUAAACGAAAGAAUUCAACUAAAGAUUCAAGGAGUGAGGAUUAUACUGAUGAAGACAUAAAUAAUAAUAAAUAUGAAUUUUCAAAAAAAGGAAAUAAUAAUUCUACUGAAAAAAAUAACUGUAAUCGCUCAAGUAAAAAUAAUUCCCCCAAAUCAAGUUUAUUACACUCAAACGAAAAAUCGAAAAACAAACAUAAUACACCUUAUAAUCCACACUCACCAAACUAUGUUAAAUGCAACUACAACGAUAAUAAAAAAAAAGGAAUAUGUUGUGAAAAUAUAAAAAAAACAAACAACAACAUAUUUUUAUUAUGUAAUACGGAAUAUUUAUAUUUGUGUGAUCUAAGAUGUAAUGUUUUAAAUACGAUAUCCAAAUUAAAACCGAAUGAAGGAUAUGUAAAUAAACUUUAUUCGUUAAAUAACAAUUAUCAAUAUAUUUUAUCUAAAACUAAUAAUCAUAUAGGACUAUAUGAUAUGCGUUACAUCCCUUAUAAAUGCAAUGAUGAACUAAAAAGUAAUUUAGUUGUUUCCUAUGACCGAUUUAUAAAUAAUGAUAACUUAAAAAAACACCUUAAUUAUUUUUAUGUUAUAGAUAAUGAACAGUUUAUAGUUUCACUUGAUACAUAUACAAAUGCUGUACAUAUAUACGACAUUAUGAAUACCGCAAAUAAAAUUAUAAAUUUAGAUGGGCAUGAGCAUUCAAAAGAUAAUACCUUACAUAGUUAUAUAAAUUUAUCAAGAAUACCUUAUAUAUAUACGUCUCCUGAAAAUGAAGAUUAUUAUUAUAAUUAUUAUAAAAAAAAAGCUAAUGAAACAAAAGCUACUGAUAGCAAACAUACAAAUCAUUUAAAUCCCUUAAAAUCCUAUCCCAAAAAGGACUUAUUCAUAGGAUUAAAUGUUCAGUCAAUUUUACCUCUUUUUUAUGUUAAACAAAAAUAUUGUAAAUAUAAUUUUAUUUCAAUAAAUAAAGGGGGAUUUAUUUGUACAAUUAAUAUAUAG